AACGCCAAAACCGGCUGAGAGCUUCACUGGUUUCCAGGGGUAGUCCCGGGUGUACCGGUGGUUUAGCCCAUUCCCGGGUGCCGGAGCGCCGCGCCAACGCCAACCUUGGGGGCGCCCCCUGUAUCGGCGCCUCACACCGCCGCCGCCUCUGCCUCGCUGUGCCCCCCUCCUUCCUUCCCCUUUGACUCGUGCCCGCCGCGCUCUCGCUGCGCUGCUUGCCACCCAGCCCAACACCGACGACCACGACCAGCCCCCGAUCAAUGUCCCCAUCCAAUCUCCUUCUCCAGUGAAGGGGAGGAGACUGCUAGGAGGAGCUCCUCUACCAAACCUCCGCACCCUGUUCCUGCCCUGCGUAUAUAUCCUGCCGCGCCGCGUUCUUGGCCCCCUGGACAUCAUCUCAGCACCACCAGCAACAUUCUUCUUCUUCUUCUUCUUCUUCUUGGAGCUCAUCGUUCAGAUUCGGACCGCACGGCGGUUGUUCUGCCCUGGCAGCUGCGACGGGCUGAGAGGAGCUCGAAUUCAAAGGCUAAAGACUCGAGGAGCUUCGUUCGGGUGGGCAUGUCGGGCCAGGCCGGGAGCGGCGGCGGCGCCAGGGCCGGGCCACCGCCGGCGACGGCGUUCAAGAGCCCGUCCACGGACGGGAAGCGCCGGAGCACGCGGUUCAAGGACGAGGACGAGUACGUCGAGGUCACGCUCGACAUCCGGGGCGACGGCGACGCGGUCGCCGUGCGGAGCGUCAAGGGCGUCCCGGGCGGCGGCGGCGGUGGCGGCGCCGCGGACAUGCAGGAGGAGGCGCUCCUGGAGCGGCAGGUUCCGGCGGCGCCGGGACCCGGCGGGCUGUCGUCCAAGCUCAGGGCCCUCCGGCGCAUCGCGUCGGGGAACAACAACACCAAGCGCGGCGCGGUGCCCCUCUCGGCGCUGCUCCGCGGCGACCGGCCCGCCAGGCUGGACCGGAGCGUCACCGGCGCCACCAGCGCCCUUAGGGGGCUCCAGUUCCUCAACCAGGCCGCCGUCACCGAGGGCUGGCCCGAGGUCGAGAAGCGCUUCCACCGCCUCGCCGUCGACGGCUUCCUCCUCCGCUCCCGCUUCGGCCAGUGCAUCGGUAUGGUUGGAUCGGAGGAGUUUGCGGUGCAGAUCUUCGACGCUCUUGCGCGGCGAAGGGGGAUCACAGCUCAGGUGCUCACCAAGGAUCAGGUCCGGGAGUUCUGGGAGCAGCUCUCUGACCCAGGAUUUGAUGCAAAGCUUCGGACCUUCUUUGACAUGGUUGACAAGAAUGCUGAUGGUCAGAUUACAGAAGAGGAGCUGAAAGAGGUCCUCACUUUGACCGCCUCGGCGAACAAGCUGUCCAAGAUCCUGGAGCGCGUUGAUGAGUACACCGCACUGAUCAUGGAGGAGCUCGAUCCCGACAACCUCGGCUACAUUGAGAUUGCGAACCUGGAGUCACUGCUUCUGCAGCCGCCGUCGCAGGCGCAAUCCCGGCUGUUGACGCAGAGCUCCAACAUCAGCCAGCUGAUCAGCCAGAAGCUGGCUCCCGCGCCCGACCGCAACCCGCUGCGCCGCACCGCCCGGAGCCUCCUCUACUUCCUGGAGGACAACUGGAAGCGCGUGUGGGUCAUGUCCCUCUGGCUCGCCAUCAACGCCGCCCUCUUCACCUGGAAGUUCAUCGCCUACCGCCGCCACCCUACCUUCGACGUCAUGGGGUACUGCGUCUGCGUCGCCAAGGGCGGCGCCGAGACCACCAAGUUCAACAUGGCCCUGAUCCUCCUGCCAGUGUGCCGGAACACCAUCACCUGGCUCCGGUCGCGGACCCGGCUCGGCGCCGUCGUCCCGUUCAACGACAACAUCAACUUCCACAAGGUGGUCGCCAGCGGCGUGGCCGUCGGCGUGGCGCUGCACGCCGUGACGCACCUGACGUGCGACUUCCCGCGGCUGCUGCACGCCAGCAACGCCGCCUACGAGCCGAUGAAGGCCUACUUCGGCCAGCGGCGGAUCCCCAACUACUGGUGGUUCGUCAAGGGCGUGGAGGGGAUCACCGGCGUGAUCAUGGUGGUGCUGAUGGCCAUCGCCUACACGCUGGCCCACCCGUGGUUCCGGCGAGGGAGGCUCAGCGAGGGCAACCCGCUGCGGCGGCUCAGCGGGUUCAACAUGUUCUGGUACUCACACCACCUCUUCGUCAUCGUCUACAUCGCCUUCGUCGUCCAUGGCGUCUGCCUCUACAUUAACCGGACCUGGUACAAGCAGACGACAUGGAUGUACCUUGCCAUCCCUCUCCUGCUGUACGCCGGCGAGCGGCUUCUCCGGGCGCUGAGGUCCCAUGGCCUGACGACGGUGAGGAUCGAGAAGGUGGCCGUGUACCCGGGGAACGUGAUCGCCAUCCACAUGAGCAAGCCGUGCGGGUUCAGCUACAAGAGCGGCCAGUACAUCUACGUCAACUGCGGCGAGGUCUCACCGUUCGAGUGGCACCCGUUCACCUUCACCUCGGCGCCCGGCGACGACUACCUGAGCAUGCACAUCCGGUGCCGCGGCGACUGGACGACCAGCUUCCGGGCACUCUUCUCGCAGGUGUGCCGGCCUCCCGCCGCCGGUCAGAGCGGCCUCCUCCGCGCCGACCUCACCUCCCCCGUGGCGGCGGUGUCCGGCAAGUUCCCGAAGCUGCUGAUCGACGGGCCUUACGGCGCCCCGGCCCAGGACUACCGCAAGUACGACGUGCUCCUCCUCAUCGGCCUCGGCAUCGGUGCCACCCCGCUCAUCAGCAUCGUCAAGGACGUGCUCAACAACGUCAUCCCCAUCUCCGGCGCCGGCGGCGAGCAGCAGCCAUCGCCCGAGUUCAUGACGCGGCGGGUGUACUUCUACUGGUGCACGCGUGAGGAAGGGUCCUUCGAGUGGUUCCGCGGCGUGAUGAACGAGGUGGCGGAGCGGGACGCCGCCGGCGAGGUGGUGGAGCUCCACAACCACUGCACGAGCGUGUACGGGGAAGGGGACGCCCGGUCGGCGCUGCUGGUGAUGCUGCAGGCGCUCCACCACGCCAAGAGCGGCGUCGACGUCGUGUCCGGGACGCGGGUGCGCACGCACUUCGCGCGCCCCAAGUGGAGGGACGUCUUCAAGCGGGUGGCCUGCGACCACCAGGGCCAGCGCGUGGGAGUCUUCUUCUGCGGCGACCAGAAGCUUACGCCGGAGCUCCGCCGCCUGUCGCAGGACUUCUCGCACAAGACCACAACCAAGUUCGUCUUCCACAAGGAGAACUUCUGAUCGUCGACAACAAUUGCUGAUUCUGAUACACAAGACAAAAGAUUGGUAGUGUGUGUGUGUGUGUGUGUGUGUGUGUGUGUGUGUGUUUUGAAAAAGGCACACAUAUAUUAUAUUUAGAGUAGCAGCAGAAUUGCAGACAGACCGUCAGAAGAGGAUGUGACCUCUCGUUUCACGUUUGUGACCUCUCUGAUGGAUUAUGCUGCUGAAUUUUGUACAAAAUCUUUCGAUAACGUGAACUUGUGCAAAAUGGAUAGAAACAUAGCGUU